AUGCCACUCUCUCAAAUUUUGAGGCUUAACUGGCGCUGGAAACAGAAGCUCGGAGCCGCAAUGAUGUUUGCGGUUGCAUUUCUUAUAACUCUGGUAUCUGUCUUGCGCUUGGAGAGUAUCAAAAGUUUCAUGAAAACGUCUAAUCCUACAUGGGACAUUGUUCCCAUUUCCAACUGGUCUUUUGUCGAGCUCAACGGUUUCAUCUUUUGUUCCUGCAUGCCUGCGUUCCGGGAUUACUUUCGCCGGCUGGUCAGACGUAGACGGCUAGCGGAGUCGACACAUGCAAAUCAAGACAGAAUUCAAACAAUUGGAAAUUUGGCUGUACGUCGAGGCAACCGGAUUCAUGAGCUUGUGUCUGUCGACAGUGAUGAAGGAGAACAGAACCGUUCGGAGGUCGACGUCAAUGAUAGGACCCACAAUACUGGACGCUAUUCAGUAGACUUGAACGGUCUUCAUCAUACAAGCGCUUCAGCACAGCCGCCUGCGGAUAUACAAGUAGCUGAGGCUGAGCCACAACCUGAAGAAAUAGAUCUUGCAGAUCUAAAAUAUUUGGCCGAGUUCGACGUACCUACACAAAGGAUAAGCGAACCUGAAAAAGUGCAUACAGCUUCCGAAGAGGCACAAAUAUGA